AGGACUUAAUCGGCCCUGGAUGUUUGCAGAACUUUACAGCCAGUCUCCACCACCAGGGAGCUCACUUCUUUUCAGCUUUUCUGAGUCACAAAGUCCACUAUCAUCAUGUCUGACACAGAGGAUGUUGAGCAGCAGGAAGUCGGCGAUGAAGAAUUAACUGAGGAGGUAGUAGAUGUAGAGGUGGCUCCUGAGGCAGCCCCAGAACCCGAGCCUGAGCCUGAGGCUGAGCCUGAGCCUGAACCUGAGCCAGAGCCAGAGCCAGAACCAGAGCCAGUAGCCCAAGAGCCUGAGCCUGAACCUGAGCCAGAAGCUGAGGCUGUGGUAGAAGAAGGCUUUGAAGAGGAAGACGAGAAGCCCAAGUUCAAGCCAUCUGCACCCAGGAUUCCUGAGGGUGACAAAGUGGACUUUGAUGACAUCCAGAAGAAGCGUCAGAACAAGGAUCUUGUGGAGCUGCAAGCUCUGAUCGAUGCCCACUUCGAGCAUAGAAAGAAGGAGGAGGAGGAACUCAUUGCUCUUAAAGAGAGAAUUGAGAAGCGCAGAUCUGAAAGGUCAGAGCAGCAGAGGAUCAUGGCUGAGCAGGAGAAGGAGCGCCAUGCAAGGCGUGAGGAAGAAAGGCUGAAAAGAGAAGAGGCUGAUGCCAAGAAGAAGGCUGAUGAGGACGCUAAGAAGAAGUCUGCCCUUUCCAGCAUGGGCUCCCAGUUUAGCAGCUACCUGCAGAAGGCUGACUCCAAGAGAGGUGGCAAGAAACAGACAGAGAGAGAAAAGAAGAGGAAGAUACUGGCCGAGAGGCGCAAGGCACUCAACAUUGACCACCUCAAUGAGGACAAGCUGAAAGAGAAGGCCAAGGAGCUGCAUGAAUGGAUGAAGACCUUGGAGUCUGAGAAGUUUGAACAUAUGGAGAGACUGAAGAAACAGAAAUAUGAGGUUACAACACUGCGUAAGAGAGUGGAGGAACUGAGUAAAUUUAGCAAGAAGGGAGCUGCCACUCGCCGCAGGAAGUAAGUGGACAGUUUCACAAUCCUUAGCAAGCACAUGGCUGAUGGACAGAUGGAGACUGUGCAGUCCACUAAAGAUUGACCAUCCACCAGCUACAGUGACAAUGCUAUCUGUAGUUUUAGUAGUCACAGGUCUACUACGUAGCUACUCUGCAGGACUCUGUAAUAAUAGCUGUUCAAUACUCACACUUCCUUGUCUUGAACCGCUGUUUGGUUCUCAAUUUUUUCAUGUAAAUAAAGUGUUACUCUAAAGCCACCAUCA